AAUGAUAAAAAGAACAUCACUACUUAUCAUUACUACUGUCAUCACUCACUUCAUACAAAUUAAACGAACAGAAAAACCACAGGAGAAACGAGAACAAGAAGCAAAAUGUGAUAAAUCAUGAGAGGAGAAGGAGGAAGAACAAAAACCGUGACUAAAUCUAAGAAGAGGGAAGAAGAAAUAGAAGGAAAUAAGAAGCGAUAAUUAUUGAUGCUAAAAAAAUACUUGAAAACCAAAUGGGCAAAAAGGAAGACAUCUGGAAAAUUAUUCACGACACAUAUAACAACGUGAACAAAAUAGACAAAGAUAAACUGAAAAUAUUAAAAGAAAAGAACAAAAAUAAAGAAAAUAAAAAAAAACAAGAAAUAAAAAAAGUGAAAUAAAGAGAAGAAGAAGAAGAAGUGAUGAUAAAUAAGGAAUAAUGAAGGAAAGAACACUUGAGUGACUUCGCUUCGAGAGGAGGAGGAAGAGGAAGAUGAGGAGGAGGAGGAGGAACACGGCACACGAAGAAGAGGAAGAGGAAGAGUUUGGGGAAGAAGACCUGAUUAACACUGCCACAGAAGAAGAGGAAGAAGAAGAAGAAGAAGAAAAAGGGAGUAGGAGAAGAGGAAAACAACAAGGUGGGAGGAGGAAAGGAGGAGAAGAAGAGGGAGAAGAAACAGAGGAAGGAGAACGUAGAUAAGGAAGAGAGGGAAAUAGGAGAAAAGGAAGAGGAAGACUAGAAAAAAAACAAGAGAAAGAGGAAGAGAAAGACGAAAGAAGAACUAUUAAAGUAAAACAAGAGUAAAAAUAAUAAAGAAAGGAAACGAAAGGAAAGAUAAAUAAAGAAAAUAACAAAAAUGGAUUGUAAGAGAACAAGAGGAAAGAAAGAAGAAGAAGAAUAGGAAAGAAAAGGAAAACUAGAAGAUAAGGAGGAAGAGAAAGAACAAAGAAGAUAAGAAGAAGAAGAAGAAGAAGAAGAAGAAGAAGACAAAAAGAUCUAAAACUGGAUUGCAGAAGGAGGAAAAGAAGGAAACAAGAACAAAGAAGAGAAUAAGAAGAAAACUAACAACAAAAGGGAGAAGAUAAAAAUGGAGAGAAGAAAAGGAAGAAGAAGAUAAGAGAAAGAACGAAGAAGGAGAGGAAGAAUAGGAAAAGAAGUAAAACAAGAGGGAGGAGAUAAAAGAUAAAAAGAGGAAGAAGGAAAGAAGUAAGCAAGAGAAGAACAAAGAAGACGAAGGAGAAGAAUAACGAAGAGGAAUAAGAAAAAAACAGAAAAAACCCAACGAAGAGGAGAAAGUAAAAGAAGAAAAGAAGAAGUAAACAAGAAUAACGAAGAAAUGGAAUAAGAACAACGAGAGGAGGAAAGAAAAUAGACAAAAAAAAAAAAAAAAGAACGAGGAGAAAGUAAAAUAAGGAAAUAAAUAAGAAAUAAACAAAAAAUAGCAAUAAAGAAGAAUAAGAGGAACACAAUAAAAACAAAAGGAGGAACAAGCAUAAAAUGGAUAUAACCUACACUACCUUAUCCACCACCACCACUGCCACCACCACCACCACCACCUCCUCUUCCUCCACCACCACCACCACCUCCUCUUCCACCACCUCUUCCUCCUCCACCGCCUCCUACGUGGUUGUGGUCGUCGUGAGUGGUCGGAAUGCCGCGUGUCAUCUUGAAACCAAUACCGGGGGGGCGCCGCACCCCUCCGAUCAGCGCCCGUCCGUGUUGGGGUCCUCCAGCCUCUGCCGUCUCGUUAGUAUAUCUAGGUAUGACCGUCCCAGCAUCUUCUGUUGGAGGUGCGGUCAUGGCGGCGUGGUGGGCGGGGUGGGCGGCGCGGGCGGCGGCAGCGUAACGGGGAGCGGGUGGCGCGCCGGCCCUAAGGCGGGGGGCGCGGCAAGCGGACCCGGUUCUCCGCCUGCCAUGUCCAAGGGCCGCCCGCGGGGAGCAUCGAGCCCCGCGGUGAGUGGCGGCGGGCUGUCCCCUGUGGCCGUGUCCUCCCCUGCUGCUGCCAUGAACGGCGAGCGCCGCGCUGCCGUCGAAGUGGCGCCCCCCGCCUCCCGCCGUCAGGUGAGGACCUCCGCCACCUUCACUUCCAGCAUCAAGGGGCUCCUGCAGCAGCGGGAAGAAGGCGCCGGUGGCACCGGCGGGGUGCUGUCCUCGCUGCGCCGGUCCCUACCCCGCUCCAGGUCCUCGCCUGCACAUAACGAGGGGCGCGCGCCCCUGCCCGAGGAGACCGGCGUGCUGCGCCGCACAGUGCCGGGCGGCCCGCGGCCCCCCGGUGGCCCCUCGCCCCGCGGCCGCCGCACACUGUCCAGCAUGGCAUCCAAGCGACGUUCGGUGAUUCUGGAGGAGGACAAGGAGGCCCUCAAUGGUGAGGAGGUGAGCGUCGGCCCGUCCGCCGCCGCCACCCACACCACGGGGCCCGUGCGACGGUUGUCCCCCAGGGCGCGUCGUUCCCAGAGUGUUCAGGAGGAGAGGCACUCCCCGGCGCGUGAGGUCCUGCCCCGGCAGCACAGUGCCGAGGAGCAGCACGACCAGCAGCAACAGACACAGUCACAACAGACACAGUCGCAGCAGCCCGCGGUGGAGCAGAAGGAGGAAGACCGCACGCGGGAGGCGUCCACGCUGACCGAGAAAGAGAAAGUGGAGGGUGAGCGUGAAGAGAAGGACAAGGAUGAGCGUGAGGAGGAGGAGGAGCGCAGGCCGCCCCAGGAGGAGGAGGAGGCCGAGGAGGCGGUGGAUAAGUCCCCGGACGGCCGCUUCCUCAAGUUUGACCACGAGAUCGGCCGUGGCUCCUUCAAGACCGUGUAUCGUGGCCUGGACACUGACACCGGCGUGGACGUGGCCUGGUGCGAGCUGCUGGAACGCAAAUGGAACAAGAACGAGAGGCAGCGUUUCCGAGAGGAGGCCGAGAUGCUGAAGGGACUGCAGCACCCAAACAUUGUGCGCUUUUAUGACUACUGGGAGGUGCACAGUGCAAAGAGGAGGUGCAUUGUGCUGGUGACAGAGCUCAUGACUUCAGGCACCUUGAAACAGUACCUCCGGCGCCUUCGGAAAGUCAACCUGAAGGUGCUGAAGAGUUGGUGCCGCCAGAUCCUGAAGGGGCUUCAGUUCCUUCACUCUCGCAGCCCCCCUAUCAUCCACAGGGACCUCAAGUGUGACAACAUCUUCGUUACUGGCACCACUGGGUCAGUCAAGAUUGGUGACCUGGGCCUGGCCACCCUCAAGAACAGGUCAUGCGCUAAGAGUGUCAUUGGCACCCCAGAGUUCAUGGCCCCAGAGGUGUAUGAGGAGCAUUAUGAUGAGAUGGUGGAUGUAUACGCCUUUGGAAUGUGCAUGAUGGAGAUGGCCACUCUAGAGUACCCCUAUAAAGAGUGCUCCGGCCCAGCUCAGAUCUACAAGAAAGUCACUACGGGGGUGAGGCCACAGAGCUUCCUGAAGAUAGAGGAUGAGGACGUGAAGUAUAUCGUGGACUGGUGCACUCGUCUCCACAACGCUGAGAGACCAACAGUGAAGGACCUCUUGAACCAUGAGUUUUUCCAGGAGGACACAGGAAUCAAGGUGGAUCUGGCCAACAAGGAGGAGGCCAUUGCUACUGAUGUGGGCAAGGUGGUGCUAAGGUUACGUGUUGUUGAUGCCAAGAAGAGGAAAGACAAACACAAGGAAAAUGAGGCCAUUCAGUUUGACUUUGACAUGGAGAAGGACAACCCAGACAAGAUUGCUGAAGGAAUGGUAAAGAUGGAGAUGAUCAUGGAGGAGGAUGAGCGGUCGGUGGCCAAGAUGAUCCAGACGCAGAUCCAGCACCUGCAGCGGGAGAGGGAGGAGCGCCGCAAGAAGGACCUGGAGAAGGAGAAGCAGCAGCUGGAGGAGCAACAACAGCUCCAGAUGCAGCAGCAGCAGCAGCAAAUGCAACAGCAGCAGCUGCAGCCACAACAGCCUCAGUUGCAGACACAGCAGUCACAGUUAGGACCACCACAGCAGCAACAACAGCAACUGUCACAACCCCUACAGCCUGCUGCACAGCCCACCAUCCAGACCCAGGUGUCUGUGCCAGGAGCAGCAGUGCAGCAGCCAGCACAGCCCACACAGCUGGAGCCUCAGCAACAGCAACAGCCACAGCAGCAGCAACAGCAACAACAACCACCACAGCAACAACCACAACAACAACAACCUCAGCAACAACAGCCUCAGCCACAGCAACAGCAACCCCAGCAGCAACCACAGCAGCAGACACAGCAGCAGCAGCCCCCACAGACCACUCAGUUGCAGCAGCCACCCCAGCAGCCCACAGCCCAGCCACAGCUCCAGCAGCCAGCUCCACAGCAGGACACACAACAGCAGAUCCUGGCUGACAGUCUUGCUCCAGAAAAACAAGGUAGUGGUGGUGACCAUGGAGUGGUGCCACUCUACCACACACCACACCACUGGCCACCACCAGGUGAUGGAGUGAGGGAGUCUGGCUACUACACACUCACCACUGGCAGUGAGGCACAGCAGACCUUCGCACAGGAUGGACAGUUAUUCUCUGGGACGUACGGGUUAAGUACUUAUCCUGCCAGCUCAUCCCAGUACCAGCCCGUGAGUGCCGGCUUCCCGCAGCCCCAGUACCCACCGCCCCUCACCACUGCUGGCACCUCGGCCGCCCCGGUGUACCAGCAGCAGCCUCCAUUGCCACAGGUGGAGUCUUGCCCCUCACCACAGAUCCUCACAGAUGCUUACUCCCACCUGCUCAAUGACAGGCCUGGGGGUGGCCAUGAGAUGCAGACCACCAACUCCCACUCCACCACUGCAAGCUGCAACACCCAGCCCUCCUCCACCUCCCCUUCCACCCUACCUCCCCCUCCCUCAACCCUGUCCUCCUCCACCACCACCACUACCAGCACCACCACCACCACCACCACUACCCUGACAUCCUCCACCUCCAUCCCCACCAUUCACCCUACAUUUGAUCCCAGUGCGGCCUCAGAGUCGGAGUGCAGCGAGCACCCAGCUGACGGCUCCGGCAGCAAGACCCACUCGGAACGCACCAAGAGGCCCCGCAAGAAGAAGACCCAGGACCGCUUCCCCAAGCUGACCGUACUGAGUGCCAACGAGACCAUGGUGGAGUGCCAACUAGAGACGAUCAAGCAGAAGACGAUUACAUUUAAGUUCGACAUCACCGACAACGAUGCGCUGGACGUGGCCAACAAACUGGUGAUGACCAAUCUCCUGCCGGGGAAUCACUCGGAAGUCGUCACCUUGUACAUCAACGACAUCAUGCAGCAGCUGAAGGCCAACCCCAAGGUGUUGCCAGUUGUGUCCACACCCUGCCUGGACUCACGUCCCGGCCAGCAACCAUCCCAGGAGAGCCACCACCGCUCCCCCUCAGCCUCCCGACGCCACAGAGAGGACUCAGACGCCAGGGCUCGCUACCUGGCCAGGAAGCUGAGUCGGUCCUCCCCCAAGCGGCGGCGGCGACACAGCUCUCGUGAGGAAGGCACCGGGGCUGACAGCACACCUGGCACCCCCAGCAAGAGGGCUGAGGUCAGGGAACCCCCACCACAGGGACAGACCAGCCCUGUGCACCAGCCUCAGCCCCAGCAAGACACACAGCCCUCAGUAACACCCACAGCAUCAGUACCACAGCCACAGAAGCCCCCUGUCACGCCACAGGUCCCUCAGCAUGAAGGUGUUAGCAGCAGCAGUGGCAUACCAACCUCCCAGCCAGGGUCGGGGGGCCCCACUCCCCCCCACCACUGCACGCCGGAGAACACCUACACCUCAGACAGCCAGGCCAGACUCUCCCAGCAGAACUCACUGGAGAAGAAUGACAGCGUCACCUCCAACAGCAACCUGUCAGAGCUGGCCCGCAAGCUACAGCAGCUGCAGACAUCUGUAGGUUCUGCCUCAGCACACUCCAUGAGCUCAGUGCACACUGCGCCACCCCUCACCAUGCCCAGCCACCCCAGCACCCCCGUCUCCCUGGCUGCCCAGCCCACCUUCAGCCAUGACCUCAACAUUCAGCUGGCAGGGGUGCUGUCCUCUCGGGCGUCACGCUGCUCACGGGCCCUCUGGUCGCCGUCCACCAACUACAAAACCUGCCCAGCCUUCUUCCACGUGUUGGCUCCUGAGGAGGGUGGUGGUGGUGGUGGUGGAGGAGGUGGUGGUGGUGGUGGUGGUGGUGAAGGCAGCAUAGGAGCCACGGGUUUAGGAGUGCCAGUGCAAGAGGCCAACUUGGUGAUGCUGCCUCAGGGACCACAUUACACUAACACCACCACGGAUAUUCCACCCACGGAUCUACACCAGGUUGCAUGUGAGUUGGAAGCUGGUGGUGGGAACUUAGGUGCCCACCCACUGUCCCCGGCUCCACCCCACACCACUCCGCUCACCAUCGUGGUCAGCCCCCCUGCCCCAUCGCCGCAGGGCCCCUCCUUGCUGCCACACCAGGGUGGAGUGCCCAUAGGGACAGAGGAGCGGCCAGACCUGGUCACAUCGGCCAUCUCCAGUGAGGGUGUCACCCACACCCUGGUCACCCCCCACACAACUGGCGUCCUGGUCACCCCCACCAUGCCAUUGGAGGCUGUGGGUGUCCCGAUCAGCUCAGAAGUGUUCCAGAGCUACCAUGCAGUGCCCCAGCAGACCAUCAACACCACAGCUCUGCACCAGCUGUCAGCCUUUCCACCAGAGAUGCCAGAGGGCACCACAGUGAGCUUCAUCCCUCAGCCCAACAUGGCUGUCGGGGAGGGUGGACACAUGGAUCCCCACCAGGUGGCCCUGGGCACAGCAUACAUGACUGCCCAACUGGGCCAGGUGAGGGGGGAGGCAGACCAGGUGACAGGGGAGAGCAGCCAGGCCAGUAUGGAACACAUCCCUCUCACUGGCUCAGCCCCCAUGUGUGUGCCCACCCCCAUGAGCCUGACGCAGGGAGGCACCCCGGCCAUGACCUCCGACAUGCACCCAGAGAUGAGCAUGUCUGGCACGGCCCUGACGCUACCACCUGGUGUGAUGCUGGCCAUGCCCGCCAGCUCUGUCCAGCGGAACAAGAUGGACCUCAACGCCCUCAAGGAACAGCUGCAGAAGUUGGUGCCUGGUGCCCACCUCACCCUCACCCAUCACCCAACAGAGGGUAAUGUAAGUUCUGGGUCUCCCUCUCUGGAUGGGCUUGCUCCAGUGUACCCACAGGCUCCCCUCAGUGCUGCUCAGACUGCCAUGGGCGGCAUCCCCCUCACAGUGGUGGGGUCCAGCACCAUGACGCACCAGGAAGGCCUGGCAGCCACCAGUGAGGCGGGUGUCAUCCUGCCCCAGACAGUGCGACUCCCUGGGGGAGAGACGGUGGCAUUCGUGGGGCCUGUCAUGAUGGAGCCCGGCUGCCAGCCUCCCCUUGGCUACCCUACCAUGCUGCCACUGGGCUUAGAUAAGGAAAGGGGCACACCCCUGCAGCCUGGGCCCCCCCUGUCCCGCACACCUUCUCUCAAGGAAUCAGAGGAGCAAGGUGUAGAUGCCCAGCACACCAGGAUUGCACGCUUCCAAGUCACCAAAGUGGCAGAAGAGGCUGUCAGAAGAGCCUCGGACGCCUCUACCGCCAGCAGUCCCGUCAGCUCCCCUGUGAGACGGGGCCGCUUUGCAGUCACCAAGGUGGCAGAGUCUGUGGACUCCACUGAGGGUGGCUCAGGAAGCACUGCCCCCACACCUGCCCCCCCGGACACCCCCAACCUUGUCCAGCAACCUCUUGAAGACCUACAGGGCCAGACCUUCUCCAAGCCUCCCUCUGCCAUCCCCACUGUGCCUCCCUCUAUGUCCUCCUCCCUGGUCAUGGAGGACAGCCCAACCUCCAUCUCGGCAGAGAAGAGACAGGCAGGUCCUGCACACACGUCCCCUGAGGAGCAGCUGCCCACCCCAGAUGGCAGCCGCAGCAGUGCAGUUGUUACUAGACUUCCUGGCGAUAGGUGGCAGCCCCAGCCCCUGCCUUCACUCUCUUCCUCUGCCUCUCCUCAGCAGCCACCUCAGGGUGGAGGGUUCACCCUCACCCCCCUACCCACUCCUAAUCCUCUCAUUUCUAACCCUCCUGCUGCCAAGAAGGCCGCCACACUUGGCCGCAAGCCAGACGCCACUAACCAGCAAGCCAAGAUCCUGGCUUUCAGAAACAGCAAGGCAACUCUCCACCAGCUGAGCCCUCACCCUCCCCUCACCCCCACACUGUCAGGGGGCUCAGAGAGGGGUAUACCUGAGGUCAUCACUCCCUCCUCACCCCCCAAUGUCUGGAGGAGGAGGACCGAGGAUGAGGAGGAAGGAGCUGCCCCGGGGGCCAAGGUUCCCAGCACCAAGUCCAGCCCACUGGUAUCUGUCAGGAGCACAUCCUACGACGCAGACACUGAGGAGUCCUCUGAGGCCUUGCUGAGCCAGGACUCUGGGGGCAGCUUUGAUGUGGCUCACCAGAGCACCACCAGUGUGCCCCCACAUGCCCACCAGCCAGCCACCCAGAAGGCCAGUGUGUCCCCCAGCCCACAGAGGAGCAAGGGCACCACCAACCUGACAUCCCCCAGCCCUCCAAAAGGCAAGAUCAUCAAGUGCUCCAAGUUGGGUGGCAGCAACAACUGGCUGGACCGCAGCAGCAGCAUUCAUGACCUGGGUGGUCUGUUCCAGGAGGUGAAGCGCUCCAGAGAGUUUCUGAACAAGUCCCGGGAGUGCCUAGCCCGCCCCUCUCUCAAAUUGGAGGGCAGCAGCCUGCCGCUGUCCCGCACCAAGAGUGUCAGCAGCCUGCAGCACUUUGGCCUGGCCAGGGCCAAGGACAGCGGCCUCUCCAAGUCCUCGUGGGACCUCAACAAUGUCAUUGGCUCCCCACCAAGCUUCCAAUCCCUGCGCACCACCAGCAGCUCCAGCUUCAGUGAGAGUCACCGGCCCCGUCCCCACACCCCGCCACCCAAGAGGAAUCCCGCCCUGCGCCGCCUGACUGCCCAGGACAGCCUGGGCAUGGGCGACUCUGUCUACCAUACCGUUCACUCUCCCCCUGGCCACUCCCAGGCCAGGCCCACCAAGGGAAUCGGGGUGACCUCCCCCCACCACCCAGCCCAGCCCCAGACCCCGGAUUUCCAGGAGGACGUGUACUACACCAUCCAGGGUGAGGCGGGGGUGACGCAGCACUACCAGGUAGAGGACUGCCGCCCCUGGCACCAUCUGCAGGAGGACCACCGCCCCCUCACCUACUCCAGCAGUGAGGACGACUCGGAGAUGGAGGAGCCUAUGUACCAGCCCCUGCAGGAGUGGCCUCCCUCAGAAGCCCUCAACCCGCACUACCUCCCAGAGGGCCCCUACUCCCCCACCGACAGCUAUCCCCCCCUCUAUGCCCCCACUGAGGCUUACAACCCCCACUAUUCUGGGGAGAUGACUCACUACUCCCCAAGGUCCUCAAGACAUUCCUGGCACUCACCUCCUCCCCUCUCUCCUCGCUACCCCUCCAUCUCCCCCAAGAGCCCCAGGAGCCCUAGACAGCAGCGCCACCACCACAAAUAUUACCCUGGUGGACACUCUACAUACCAGACUUAUCAUGGCCCCGGCUUUUCCUCCUUGUCCCUCCACCCUCACUCAUGCCCCAGCUCCCAAUGCUCCCCUCAGUCCCCUCACUAUCAGCUGUCGCGUGCCUGCAUGCUCCACAGCCACCCUCACUCUCCCUCUAGUCGACCGUGGCCUUCGUCCCCGGCCCAGCUCGAGAUGGGUUGUGUUUACUCUUGGACAGAGGAGGAGGUGGAGACGAUAAAACAGGAGCUGGAAGAGUACUCAGAGGAUGAUGACAGCUUCCAGCAGCUCCUGACUAAGCAGGAGAUGGAGGAGGCAGAGCUGCGUCGCCGCCACCAGCAGGAGAGAGAGGCCUUCAGGUUACGGCGCCACCAACGGCACCAACAGAAGCAGCGUCCAAAGUCACUCCAGUUGUCCUCCUCCCCCAGUCCCUCAGCUCAGCCCCCCACACCCCCCUCCCCCCAUGCUGCAGGGGAGACCAGCAAGGGCAGUGUGGCAGUGGAUACAGCAACAUCCUCGGACCAUGCCUCAGACACAUCUGGGGCGGCAGCAGUCAAGAAGGGCCGCACCAUCUCAGAGGACAUGCUGGAGCUGGUGCAGAAUCUGGGCACCCCACAGCAGGUGGCGCGGCCACCGCCCGGCAAGAUAACCCUCAACCAGAUGAAGGCACAGCAGAGGGCCAUGGCCAGCAUGCCAUCUCAGGGGCAGCGGCCAGCAUACCCUGGCGUGGGGGUGGCUGCCGCAGGGCCUUACCACACUUUCUCAGCGUUCCAAACAUUCCCCCUCCCCUACCAACGGCUGUCCGACGCCUCUGGGGUGACUGGACCCCAUGCUGAAGAUAGAGCUGCUCCCCUGCCAAGCAGCAGCAGCAGCAGCAGUAAUUUACAGCAGCAGCAGCAGCAGCAUCAGCAGCAGCAGCAGCAGCAACCAGCUGCCACAAGUGCCUCUUGGGUACAUUGGCAACAGCAGUAGGUUUGGCCAACAUUCCAAGUUCCCACUGACUGCUGGGAAUCUCCAUCUGUGAUCCCAUAUAUUUUUUUUUGUUUCUGUUAACUCCCAUCUGGAGCUGGACUCUGGUCGUCAGCAGUGGAAGCAGUGCCUUCCUGCUUGGCUAGUGAGGGGUACUACUGUAUUGUCCCAAACUCACUGCUGCCAUACAACACAGGGUGUGGAGGGGGGAGGGGGGAGGGAGACACAGUCUGGGCCAGCAGUGUUUCCAUUGCCUGAGACAGAGUUGCCAACUAGUCACGUAAUAGAAGGGAUGGAGGUCUGGCUCGCCAAGGUGCCUCUCGCUGGCCGGACUGUUGGUUGUUUACGCCGAGAUCCCUUGGUCAUCCACUCUUUGUUUUCACUAUGACUAGGUUUGUUGUUUGCUAGUGAUUCUUUAUUGUUUUGUUGUACUGUUCCAUGGCUAAGAACAAGCUGGGUCCGCCUCGGCCUGCUGGGACGGACGCUGCCUUGGUCUGCCGUUUGUUGAUAUGACUAAGGGUCGACGUGUGUAAAUGAUGUAAAAAUAUGUACAGAGAGUCGUGUACAGUGAGGGGGAUUGUGAUGAAUCUAUUGCUGGAGGUGUUUGCUUCACCCUUGUUUUGGGCAAGCCAGUGCUGGCCGGUCUUCCAUCAGCCGCUGGGGGGCAACGUGCUGCUGCCAGGAGCGGCGCAGCAGGCCCGACAGGCCCGGCAGCUGUUACUUCUCACCAGAGAGUCUCUGUCAGGAUCGUCGGGCUCUGCUGAAGGCUUUCUCUCAUUUAGUCUGCAUGUAGCACUGCUAUAGUAAGGGAUCUGGACACACUGACAGUAACCUUGUGAUGACCAUUGGUGCUACAGCCUUGCUUCACACAGCCUAUAAGUUAUGCAGGUGUCUCUCUACUAGUGCAUAUGUUGGACUGGUCUUGAUGCUGACAGCAAAACACAAGGACUGAUGGACAGCAGAGUAGGAGGCUUGGUCCCUCCUCCUGCCCAGCAAGCCUGCCCACCUCACAAACACACACACACACACACACACACACACACACACACACACACACACACACACACACACACACACACACACACACACACACACACACACACACACACACACACACACACACACACACACACACACACACACACACACACACACACACACACACACACACACACACACACACACACACACACACACACACACACACACACACACACACACACACACACACACACACACACACACACACACACACACACACACACACACAAGGACCUUGCUAAUGAAUGGCAGGCUUGCAGUACAGUGACAGGAAUAUAUUGAUGGCGACAGACCACCAAGAAGACACUUGGGUGGUGUAUUAGUGGUUCCUGUACCCAUGGAGGAGUGUUAGUGGUGUUCCCAAGAUGUGUGGUAGUGACUGGGGAGAGAUGUGACAGACCCUCCCAAUGAUGUGUCUGUUGUGUGUUCACCACCAUCGUCUUAUUUCAACACGUCAGCUUCAGCAUUACGCCUCAGAGCCGCCAUGGUAUAGUUCACUUCAAUAAUUAACGAAUUGUAUGUGGCGGUGGCCUUUUAGCCUAGUAACCCUUUGCUGUGGCCCCACCAACCAUCCAGCUCCUCCCCAGCAUGCACAAGCUGCAUGCCAACAGAGGUGUGUCUCGCAGACCAGCGCACCACUACCUCGGCGGUGUCCGCCUGGCACUGCCGCGCUUCACCAAGCUUAGAGACAACCAGACGAUAUGUAGCUAACAGCAAUGCGCGCCUGCCUCCACCAAGAACUCUCCCUGCCUAGAAGUAAACCAUCAUGGUGAGUGCGUCGUCACACCACCGUGCUGGCCUGGGGUGGUGCUCUGCUUGUCCAGGUUUUUGCAGUCUUUGUAACCCAAGUAAAAUUGGCUUUCUAGAUUGCUGCCUCUAUCCAUUACUGAGUAUAUUUAUGUUACCUAGAUUAAUAUUGUAAUAUAUUUUAUAUUCAGUUUUUUAAGGCUUGAAUUGUAAGUUACUAAGAUUCCUUCCAUUAUUAUUCUUAAGUUUGAAUUGGCUGCUGCCUUGUUUGCACAGAUCAUUUGUGGACAAAGUAACCCACUCUGGCUGCUGCAUCACAGCCCUCAGCUGCCAUAUGUUGUCUGCCAGUUGAACAAGAUUCCAUGAAGUCCACUCUUUAUUGUGCUGUAAUAUAUCUUGUAUGAUAACUAGACUUAUUAAUAAAGUGGUGCAAAAUUU